AUGGGAAAUUGUUUGAGACAUGAUUUGGAAUCAGUGGCACCAGUGACAGGUUUAGAUGCAGAGAAAGAAAGACUCUUGUGGAUAAACACUAGUAAUACAAAUAAUUUCUCGUCAUUUUCAUCAUCAUCUUUGAAUAGUAAGAGAGGGAUGAAAAUCAGAAUAACAAAGAAGGAGCUGGAGGAAAUGGUAGGAAAAGUGGACAUGCAGAUGAAGGGUGUGACGGUAGACCAAGUGUUGUCUGCAAUGUUGAUUAAUUCGAGGGAAGAAGGCUUUGAUCAUCGUAUCCAGCGUCAACAAUACUCAUGGCGUCCCGUUCUUCAAAGAAUUCCUGAGGUUUAUUGA